GAAGGAAGCAGGGUUACUGCUGUGGGCACUGCUCCCAGCCUCCCACGCCACCACCAGACUUGUUUGGACAGCGUUCACAUGGAUUUUGAAGUAGCCGUUCUUCCACAAGAGUGUGCAGAACUGACCCUCACCCCGUCUCUGGUGGCCUGAGCAAACCUGAACUGGACGGCCCAUUAGAAAACCUGCUUUCCUUACAUCCGACGCCCAACUGGUGUCAAAAGCAAAGUACAGGACCCUUGCAGCCACCCAGCCUCCUUAGCGCCAGCACUAGCACGGACAGACACUCCUCUGCGGAGGUAGGCUGUGCCCACGAAAGCUCAUGAUUAUAUUUAUUUGUUGUUAGUCUCUACAGUGCUACAGGCCUACUCAUGGUUUUCAAAUGGUGGCAGUGCAGCAAGUCAGCCUGAUCCAUUCAAGCAUUCUGCCCUCCUGGAUCUGUGGAGCCCUCCUAGGACUCUUCAGAUUGGCACUCUUAUGCCAGCCCACCCAGCUGUUAGGAGUGUUCCCAAACCUCUUCUGAUGGUACAAUUGCUCCAUGCCCCCUGCCAGCCUGAGUGGGGGUGGAGUCCUGAUGGGUCUCACCCCCCACCUGAGAACACUCGGUCAGGGAGCCCGGCAUGCCUAACGAGGGGCACCAGUCUAGGGAAGGAGCCGAUGCUGCAGGAGAGCCACAGUUCUCUUUCUAAUUCCCAGAGGAAUUGACCAGUCUGAGGAGCAAUUUCUCAGAGAGCAGAAGCCGUUAACCCACCUCCUCCCGAGCAAAGAGCGAGCGAGUCCAUUUCGAAAACUCUCUGAAGACAAGCACACGAGAGCCAGCCAGCCCAACCGAAGGAGUCUGGACGCCAUCGGCCUUGGACUGGCUUUUAACAAGGUCUCUAAGGAUGGCAACAUUUCCAGUAUUGCCAAGAGCACGUCCCAUUAACUACCGCGUUCAUCUGACAGCCGCGACCCCACGUGGUUUGGCAACACCCAACCCAUCAAGAUGGGGCCUGCCUGGGGGGCCAGGAGCAGCACAAAUUCCAUCAGGCUUUGAUGGAACGAGCCAGGAGCGGGAGCUAUGAACUCCUGACUCGGCCGUUGUGAUGUGUAGCCUGAGGCAAGUCAUUCAGCCCGUGGGGAAUAAGGACUUUGGUCCAUGGGGUGUUUAGUUCCCAAUGAGAUGGCGCUUUGAAGAUGGAAGUACUAUCCAUGUGUCACGUUACUAUUAGUGCAGCAUGCAGCUACCGAACUGCUGGGCGGGCGGGGAAGGGAAUCUCCUCUGGGUGCUAGAAGAGCUGUAUCUUGGUUCCUAAGUGGAGGUGUCCAGGAGAGCAGAGGCUGAGAGGGGUGCAGCAGGGGUGCCAAGAGGCUCUAAGAAGAGGGGACACAGGCAGGCUUUAAAACAAAAAACCAACUUCAGCACAUAAAUAACCUCAGCAAAUGUGCAUGUUCCAUUCGGAUUAGGUGCCAGAUGCUAUUGUUGCUUUUCCACAUCCUCUCCCUUCUCCCGGUGCCUCCAAGGCAUAGACCAGAUCAGCCAGACAAGGACCCCGAAGUAGCUUAGAUCUUCAGGUUAGCAGACUUGAGCAAUGAGGGUGUCGGAAUUGAAAAGGCUUUUUGAGACGUGCCAUGUGGCCGGACAGAUAAAACCGCACUUGGGCUAUUACACAUCCCAGCCUGAGCCCUGCCACUGGCCCUGUUCUUCCAGGGCCUGAGCUGCCUGGCCCUCAAAUUCAGCUCAGCAGAGGGAAAACUUGCAGCCAAUGCUACAGGUUGAAGCUCCAUGGUCCAGGACUUUCUGGUCUGGCAACAUCUGUGGCCCAGGAGGCAGCACGCCAGCCGGGGGGGAGGGGGGGGUCGUCCCUGGAGAGCCCAAGGCCUGGCCCUCCCCAUGUCCAGCAAACACCCUUGUUUAGGACCACUCAGGCCCCGAGAGUGCUGGACCAGGGAGCUCCAACCUGUCCCUCACUGCAAACUCCCACUGUGGUAACAGGGGAAAAAUGCUUAGUGCUCUGGGGAUAUGCAAGGAGAAGAGACUAGGAGGGAGGGGCUCGCUCUCUGUAAAGCAACAGACGAGACGAUUGCUUUAGUGAGACUAUUCUAGAACGAGUGCACAUGGGAGACAUAAGAAGUAGGUCACCCACUAACAAAUGCCUGUUGGACUGGGCUUAGGCCAGCCUCAAAACCCACAAGCCACACGCAGCAUGACACAAAAUACAUUUACUUCCCCACCCUGAGCAUGGCACUACCAGAGACUCAGCAGCUUUUUCCCUGCUCAAUCACAAAGGAGAGUUACUCGAAAUCAAGGGAGAAUUCUGCAAGGCGUCUGUCACUUGGCUGAAAAUCCCGGUGCUCCAGCUAUUUGUUCUAAUUCACCCUCUGCCAGCAAGCCAGAAAAGCCCCAGCACCAAAAGAUGGACAUGGCCUUGUUAGAACAUGAACUUUCAAAAGGAUUCCCGACAGAUUUAUCCCCAGGAAUGCAUCCUGCUGUAGAGCACAUGGCACAAAUGACGCUGCCAAAGAAAGCUACAGCCCUCAAAGGUUCCUACUGCCUAAAAUCCAGCAAGGACAGGAGUUAUUUCCUUGUGCUUGCCUGGAAGGGGACUCACCACCGUGCUGCAGCAUUUAGCUACCUUGGCUAGGGCACUCGGAGAAGUCAGACUUAUCAGAGGCCUAGCUGUGCUAAAGGCUGCCCAGCCAGGCCCAGCUUGACCCCAGCAGCUCCAGAGGUCCAUGGCAGCCACAAGCUGGGAUUAGGGGGCCCGGACUCCCAGCUGGACCCACGGAUGGGGGGUCUGGGUAGCCGGCGCUCUGCCACCUGGCCUGUGUGGAAGUUGAGAAGCUCUGCUCUACUGCAGGGAAGCUUUGGAAGUUAGUCUGACAUGACCUACCUCCACGGUAAAGGCUUGAAAGCUGUGUGCCUACAUUUGAGCUUGCUUUCCCACCGUUCAAGCUCAGCCGAGGAAGUGGGCUUUUCCCACGAAAGCUCACGAAGCUAGGUAUGUGUGUGUGCUGGUCUCUGAGGGGCCCAGGACCGGCGGCGGUUUUAAUGUUACAGACGAACAUGGCUCCCUCCCGCCCGUGUUUGAGUGGUUAGAAGAGACUGUCUGCUGUGGACGAAAGGUGUUAAAACCCAAUAAUCAGCUAACUGAGUAGACAAUGGAAUUUCCAUCUAUUAGUCGAUGGGGAGGGAGGGGGCUGCAGCACUGCCGCCCGGCUCCACCACAUUUAAACUGCAGGGAGGUUAGCCCCCCGGGGCCCUGCCGCCCGGCUCCACCACAUUUAAACUGCAGGGAGGUUAGCCCCCCGGGGCCCUGCCGCCCGGCUCCACCACAUUUAAACUGCAGGGAGGUUAGCCCCCCGGGGCUCCGCCGCCCGGCUCCACCACAUUUAAACUGCAGGGAGGUUAGCCCCCCGGGGCUCCGCCGCCCGGCUCCACCACAUUUAAACUGCAGGGAGGUUAGCCCCCCGGGGCUCCGCCGCCCGGCUCCACCACAUUUAAACUGCAGGGAGGUUAGCCCCCCGGGGCUCCGCCGCCCGGCUCCACCACAUUUAAACUGCAGGGAGGUUAGCCCCCCGGGGCUCCGCCGCCCGGCUCCACCACAUUUAAACUGCAGGGAGGUUAGCCCCCCGGGGCUCCGCCGCCCGGCUCCACCACAUUUAAACUGCAGGGAGGUUAGCCCCCCGGGGCUCCGCCGCCCGGCUCCACCACAUUUAAACUGCAGGGAGGUUAGCCCCCCGGGGCUCCGCCGCCCGGCUCCACCACAUUUAAACUGCAGGGAGGUUAGCCCCCCGGGGCUCCGCCGCCCGGCUCCACCACAUUUAAACUGCAGGGAGGUUAGCCCCCCGGGGCUCCGCCGCCCGGCUCCACCACAUUUAAACUGCAGGGAGGUUAGCCCCCCGGGGCCCCGCCGCCCGGCUCCACCACAUUUAAAAGCAGAGGCACAGUGGAGGACCGAGGAGGGGCAAGCUGAGACAGCUGAUUUCUGGUUCGCACUGGUUCCCCAUUGUGCCUCUGGUUCCCCUGCCCACCUCCCCUCACCCGCAAACCGAGAUGGCGCUGGGGGGAACUGGCUUUUAAGCCAGGUCCCCCUGCACUGGCUCCUGCUUGUCCGCCUUCCCUUGCAGCAAGGGGAGGGAGCGACUAGUUGAGCAGUGUCUCAACUA